AUGUUUCACACUGGGGGCCUCGUUGUCUUCUGUGGGCUGCUGGCCCAGGUCACAGCCCAGCUCGCAGGCAUGCCCGUGCCGCUGGACCCAGGCCUGCCCGAGCCCCUGGACCCGACUCUGUCUUUGGAUCUGACUCCAGUCCUGGAUUCAAAUCCCAUAGAUCUUGCUGGAAGCUUGAGGGAUGCUCUCAGCAAAGGCCUGCUCUUUGGGGGUCUGCUGGACAUUCUGGAAAGCCUCCCGCUUUUGAACAUCCUGAAGCCUGGAGGGGGCACUUCUGGUGGCCUGGUUGGCCUUUUCGGAAAACUGGCUUCCUCUCUCUCCAUCCUGAACAACAUCCUCUC